ACUGGAUCCGUCGCGCGACCCGGCCAGCUGAAGAGCCUCGCGCUCCAGAGGAGAGACAGGACUAGAAGAGAGGAGAGCAGGCGAAGACACCUCACUCUCAGCUCCGUAGAAGAUGCAGAUCCUCAGGGUCCAGGUUGUGCUGCUCUGGCUGCUUUCGGACAGCUCCUGCGCACUUGGUGGGAAAGUCAACAAGCACAAGCCUUGGAUAGAGACUUCCUACCAUGGAGUGAUUACAGAGAACAUGGAGACAGUGCUGCUGGACCCUCCUCUAGUAGCUCUAGACAAGGAUGCCCCAGUUCCUUAUGCUGGGGAGAUUUGUUCCUUUAAGAUCUUUGGUCAGGACGCCCCUUUUGAGGCAGUGGUGUUGAAUCGCACAUCAGGAGAAGGAAUCUUAAGAGCUAGCAGCCAUGUGGAUUGUGAGAAUCAGAAGGAGUACACCUUUAUCAUCCAAGCUUACGACUGCGGUGACGGGCCCAGUGGAGCUAACUGGAAAAAGUCUCACAAGGCUGUGGUUCACAUUCAGGUAGAUGAUGUCAAUGAAUUCAGCCCUGUGUUUAGAGAGUCACUCUACAAGGCAUCAGUGACUGAAGGCAAAAUCUACGACAGCAUCUUACAGGUGGAAGCCUGGGACCAGGACUGUUCACCACAGUACAGUCAAAUCUGCAACUAUGAAAUUGUCACUGGGGGAACACCAUUUGCCAUAGAUCGAAAUGGUAAGUUUACCAUUGGUAACAUCAGAAACACAGAGCGACUCAGUUAUGAAAAGCAGCAGAGCUACAGGAUUAUGGUAUCUGCCUUUGACUGCGGUCAGAAGAAAGCCAAAGAGGAUGUGGUGGUACAUAUUGAAGUCAAGCCUGUCUGCAAACCAGGAUGGCAAGGCUGGAACAAGCGAGUGGAUUAUGAGCCAGGGACUGGAAGCAAACAACUAUUUCCCAAGAUGCACCUGGAAACAUGUGGAGGGCCCUUGUCCGGAGUAAAGGCCAUGGUGGAGCUGCAGACAAAUCACAUUGGAAAGGGCUGCGACCGUGAAACUUACUCUGAAAAGUCUUUGCAGAAACUGUGUGGUGCAGCGUCAGGCAGCACCGACCUCCUUCCUGCCCCCAGCCCCUCGGCAAAUUGGACCGCAUCUCUUCUCACUGACAGUGGACGUGAAAGCGACCUCAUCUACAGGUUUGACGGGAACCAGGCUGCAAAUGUUCCAGAUCACGUGGUGCCCCAGAACCUGACAGACCAAUUCACCAUAGCAACAUGGAUGAAACAUGGACCAAGUCCAGGACUUAGAGCUGCAAAGGAAACCAUACUGUGCAACUCUGACAAGACAGAGAUGAACCGCCACCACUACUCUCUGUAUGUUCACAACUGCCGCUUGGUGUUCCUGCUGAGAAGAGAUUUCACACAGAUCGACACUUACCGGCCCGCUGAGUUCCACUGGAAACUGGAGCAGAUCUGUGAUAAGGAAUGGCAUUACUAUGUGAUCAAUGUGGAGUUUCCUGCAGUGACACUCUUCGUAGAUGGUGUGACCUAUGAGCCGUACCUGGUGACGGAUGAUUGGCCGAUCCAUUCCUCCAAGAUUGAUACGCAGCUGACUGUGGGUGCCUGCUGGCAAGGCGGUGAGGUGGCAACACCGAGGUUCACUCAGUAUUUCCAUGGCAGCCUCUCAGGUCUGACGAUUCGACCGGGCCGCAUUGAAACCCAGAAGGUUAUCUCCUGCUUGCAGGCCUGCAAAGAAGGCCUUGAUAUUAACUCCCUUGAAAGCCUUGCUAAGGAUAUAAAGUUUCACUUUAACCCAGCCCAAUCAGUGUUGGUGUUGGAAGGAGAGGACGUGGACAGCAUCAAUACAGCCAUGACGAAGGUCUCCUACAUCAACUCUCGCCAGUUCCCCACGCCAGGCCUCAGACGGCUGCACAUCUCCACGUCUGUACAGUGUUUUGGAGAGGAUACCUGUGUCUCUAUCCCAGACAUCAAGGCAAUGGUUAUGGUGCUGCCACCAAGUGAACCCACAAUCACCAUUUCAGGAUCCAAGCAGCUUGUCAGACCAGCCAGUGACCUCCGCAGCCCGCUGGGUGUGGCGCCCUUCAAAGAGCUUCGGAUCACUAGUACAGUAAUGAAGGGCGACAGCUUUGGAGGAUUCCACCGACCUGGGGUGAUGGAGCUAAUGCAUAACCUGGACUACUGUGAUGUGCUUGUUAUCGGAGAGGAGUUGGAACCAGAGAGAGAGAGCCUGGAGAUUCACCACAGUGCUUUACUGGGAAAACACCUUGAUGCCACCAAUUCCACCUCUGGAAUAUCAAUAUAUGGUGUGGACUCCAUGGCCCACUAUGAGCAGGUUCUCAGACAGUUACGCUACAGAAACUGGAGACCUGGCUCUCUAACAGAGAGAAGGUUCAGACUAACCUGCUCUGAACUCAAUGGACGUUACACCAGUAAUGAGUUUAAUCUGGAGGUCAGUGUUCUUCACCACACGGCACCCAUGGAACAUGUCAAUCAUAUGGCUGCACAGGCUCAGUACAUGAGACCCGUCCAUCACCCGCUAAUGAUUCACUCACUUAACUCACACAUGUCAGGUCCAGCUCCUCCUGCAGCCACAGUUGUAAUUGUGGUGUGUAUCGCCGCCCUUGUGAUCAUCGUGGUGAUCGGGAUCUACAGGAUCCAUGCCGCACAUCAGGAGGGGUCCAGAGAUGAUGAGGAUGAAAUUAAAGAUCCAGAGUCAGACUGGGAAAGCUCUGGACUCAACAUCACUGUCAAUCCCAUGGAGGACAUAAGAGGACCCCAGGCGCACGGAAAAGCUGUGAGAGGAGAAGAAUGUGAGGAGGAGGAUGAUGAAGAUGAUGCUGAGUUGGUGGGAGGCAUGACGAUGGUUGAAUCAGACAGCAGCGAUGAAGAGGAAGAGGAGGAAAAUAAGGGAAGAGGAGAGGUUAAUGGGAGGAAGCAGAAGGGAAAACCUGAGUGGGACAGUUCAUGUGGAACAUACUAAGCACACACACACGUACACACACAUUUCUACACACACACACACAGUGGUUUUAUCUCUUCCAAAAACAUGCACACCUACACUCUUAGUCAGCUACAACACACAGACAAACACACAGACAUUUAAAUUCCCUAAUCAAAUAAAUUAGAAUCUUUUGCUGGAAAAAUACACAGAAUCCUCCCAUGUUGCAGUUUUUAAAGAAAUGUCGCCAUCUGCUGGGCAAAGGGAAACAUUCGUCACCAUUCAGUCAGCAGCAGUUCCAGUGCUGGAAAUCAUUAAGUGUUUUUCAUUAUUCACAGCACAUUCAGUGAGUUAGAUCAUUUAUCAACACAUUAAAAAGCACAUGUGCCAUUUCACCAUCAUUUCGUGUGCAGACUGUCUGAGUUUUUCUUUGAAAACAUAAAAUAAAACUAACCUCUUGUCCCUACAUUUAGUGCAGUGUAUCGCAAAAUGAUUUAGUAGUUGAACUUUUCCACAUUUCAAUAUGUUACGACCACAAACAUUAAAGUUUUCUUCUGGAAUAAUGUCUGGUUGACCGACAUAAAGUUCUGUAUAAUAUUAGAAUGGAAAAACAUGAGUGCUUUUUCAUAUUAAAAUCUGAAAAACAUUUCUCUUAACUUGCAGGCAGCCUCCCUGAGUCAAUACAUUUCUAGAAAAAUCUUUUUGCUGCAGUUUCAGUUGGGCUAGGGCCUUAUCUUCCAGGAUUCUAAAUAAAGUGCACUAAAUUGCACAUGCAAGAAUGGUGUGUGGUGCAUAAUUUACAAAGAUUGCUGCACAAAUAUUAAGAUGUGCAAACUGGUUUGGUUAAGCCCAUAAAAAUGAGCAGAUUGCAUGCUGGGCCAUUCUAACACAUGAAAAGGCUUUGGUGUAAAUGACUCUACUGUAGCUCUAGCUGUUAUAAUACACGUCAUUGUCUCCCUGGAGGUUAAACACACACCUAAAUUUCUGUCCUUUUGCAGACUAACUGUUUUUUCUUUCUUUAUUUUAAUCGAGAUUCAUCUUCCAAGCAAUGAUUACCACUCUCUCUGUUCUUCCUGAUGCAAAGUAUCCCCAAAGCAUUAUACUAUACCCACUAUGUUUUCCCUGGUGUGCUCAAGCUGAUAUGCUAUACUGUAGAAGUUUUUCUCUGUUUAUUUUGUAUUAGAUAGAAAGUUUAACUCUGGUCUUACUUAGACUUAGGACAUUUUAGGACAUCUUUAGAAAUAACUUAGGAAUAAAGUUGACAGUAAACAAGCUUAUCAGUUUUCUUCCUUAAACCUGAUAAGCUUAUUUUUAGGACUGAAAACUAACAGGUGUAGAAUGAUCUGGAAAAAACCUAAGUAGCCUACUUAGAAAUGAAGGAUGAGACCUGAUUUGAUGAGGAACUAGGCACAAAGACUAUGACCAUAUCACAAUAUUUUCUUCUUUACUAAACUAUUUCUAUGGGCACAAAUUGUAAAUAAAACCGUAAACUCAGCUUAAUCCAUUAAGCGUUCACAAAUAUUAUUGUUUACAAGUAAGCAGAGAAAAAAAAACUUUCUCAUCCAUAAAUGUAUUAAUAUACAAUAUCCAUACAGAUAAUGUUUGCCCUGCACUAUCUUAAUAAACAGACACAUAUCACCAGAUUCUCCCUCCUGAGCUGAGGUUCUCUGCAGCUCCUCCAGCUUUCUCCAUAACUAAAUGCUUUUGCCUACCCUUUACAUUUAUGCGCUACUUUGGGUUAGUAAAUACCUCUUUGCUCCCCCCCCCAAAAAAAUUUAUUAAUUAAUAAGUACAUACAAGUUUGUGGUUGCAACAGGACAAAGCAUGAACAAAUUUACUGUCUCUAAAUACUUAAGCAAUCCCUUCUGAUUCCUUUUGUAUUGUCUUUCUAACCAGACAGUCUGUAAUUCAGAUGUAUCCAUACAUGUAUUCACGGGUUAAUAUAUGCAUUAACAUUUUAGACAGAAAUAAUAACUGGAUCUAGAUAUUCUGUACGGCUUAGCGAUGUUGUUGCUCAGUGUUUAUCAUCCUCGACUGUUGGCUCGCACUUCCUUCCUCUCCAUAAGCAGUGCUAUGGUUCUGUGGGCUGCACAUUAAAGAAAAAAUGGUGUCUCUCAUUAAACACAUUUCUCAUUUGUUGUGCAUUGCAUACGAUUUACAUGCAGUGAAUGAUAGAUUAUGUAUUGCAGGUAAUUCUCUCUCUGAAUAGUGUCUUUUUAUGACACCGGGUUACUGUGUACAACUUAAAACUUCUAUGUACA